AUGCCACGUGCUAGAGUUAUGGGAGAUAUGACGCUUUUGCCUAACGGAGAUGUUUUGAUUAUCAACGGUGGUUCUUCCGGUUCUGCUGCUUGGGAGCUUGGUCGUGAACCGGAUUUAGUACCGGAUCUAUACCAUCCCGAGAAUCCGGUUAACUCGAGAUUUGAAUCGCUAAACCCGACUAGGAUACCGAGAAUGUAUCACUCCACGGCGAUUCUCUUCCGUGAUGGGAGGGAUCUCGUCGGUGGAAGCAAUCCUCACGCGUUUUAUAACUUCACCGGAGUGCUUUUUCCGACGGAGUUAAGCCUGGAAGCAUUUUCACCGGUUUAUCUAGAACCGGAGUUUGCGAAUCUUCGUUCCAAGAUUCUGUCUCCUAAAUCACAGUCGAGGAUUAAGUAUAGUACGAGUUUGAAGAUGCAGUUUAAGGUCACCGGAGAAGUUAAGAGUCCGGUGAAAGUGACGAUGGUGUUUCCGUCGUUCACGACUCAUUCAUGA